ACGAAAAUGAACCAGUAUACACCAGACGUUUGUCAUAUGUUAACCAACUAGUUGUCAUACUGAAUGAACCAUGCACUCCAUGGGAAAAAUCGCAAAUUUUUGAAGCAGUAACUCGUGGUGCGGGUUUCGAAGCAAUCUUCGAAGAUCCUCGUGCACCUACAAAUUUUAAAACAGCAGUAGCAAAAUGUCUUGCUCAAACCGCUCUGAUAAUGAACAAUGAAAUAAGCAGCUAUUUUCGCUGGGUAUUUGAAAGAUUGCAGGCUUCAGAUAGUAGUUCUAAGGAAAAAGAGAAAGAACGCAAGCUUUGGUUAUUGACUUCUCUACGAGAGGUUUUUACACGUAACCAACUUACUCCAAGUUCUCAAACUGUAUCAAAUUCUGGACCUUUUCAACAGUUCAUUCCUAAUGUUCUUCAUGAUUUGGAAAGUUUGCUAGACUCAAUGGAUAGUUCAGAUUGCUUUCCAGGAAUAUUAGAGGUGUUAGAAAAAAUAGCAGAGCGAUAUCCCGCUGAAUUUAGUGAACGGUUUCAGGAUAUAAUUGAUCUAUUGGUGGGGUGGUAUAUAGAUGUAUCAGUAUCUGAUUCGCUUCAUUCCCUUAUAUCUGAUACUUUCAGAAGAUUACGCUCUUUUUGGGCAAAAAACUUGAAAUUUGCUUAUGAGUUAUUGAGUCAUUUUCUAGCAGACAUGGAAGUGCUUUCAGGCGUGACGGUAUCUCAAGAAGGACCUCAGAUCGAUGAUAGAGCCAAAAGCGAGGCUGUUGCUGAUGCAGUUGGCCCAAUUUUGCAGCAAACUUCUUCGGUAGAAGUUAACAAUGUGGUUGACACAGAAAAUGCGCAUCCCUUUGACCAACUGCGAGCCUGGAUUAUUAAGUUCAUAUUUGUUAUAGCUGAGCUAUAUAUGGAUACUGGAUGGUUUGAAAAAGGGAGCCAGAUAAUUUUAACUAUGAGCUCUUCGAGAAAGGCAUCAUUUGUACAGCAUCAAGUUCAGUCGACAAAAUUUUUGUUACUACAAAUUCAAAAUGGUCUUCAAAAAGGAUUAAUUGAUUUUGUAGUAGAUGAUUGGUUUGACUGCUUCCUUCAGAUUCUCUCUCAGUGGGUUCCUCAUGUUCAUCCUGAUAUCAUAAUCAUAUUGGCGAAUCCAAAUUCUUCACUGAUGAAACUUCGCUUAUAUCAUCCGCAUUUCGCUCGGCUGCAUUCGGACAUUUUAGACAUGUUCCGUAUACUUCUUAAGAAUCAAGGUCUUAACUUUAUUUCAUCAGAAGAUAAAAUAUUUCUUAUUCAACAGAUUACUAUUGAAAUUGGUCAAAUGAUUUCUUUCAUACUUUCUUUAAAUAAUCCCAAAAUUGACAUGGAAUCAUCAUUAAAGAGUAACGUAAUGAUUAAUACUGUUAAUGAAGAACAUAUUUCUGAUCUCUUUCCUGAAGGCCUGCAGUCUCUUUUUAAUUUCACUAAUUUGCCUACAAGUACACAUAUAUUGAAUGAUAGAACAGCAACAUUUGUAAUUGUUUUUGAUAUUGAACUCAUUAUACAACUUGUGCCUGUAUUGGGGCAUGCUAAAGAAAUCUUUUGGAUUGUUUACUUUAUAUUUAACAAAGUCAGGGGAUGUGGUUAUUUUGAUGGUAUAUUAAUGUGUUCUUUGAUUAAUGCUCUUAGACAUGCAUGUAAAAGAAAGCAUUAUUUUAUAUCGGAAGUAGAAGAGAGGCAACAACCCGAAUCUUCAUUUUUUGCAAUGAUUUUUCUCAUUAAUUCGUUAUUGCAGAAUCAGCUUGAACUAUCAUUCAAUGUUUUUACAUUGAUUAUUGAAUGGGUUAGAGAUAUUUUGGAAUUUUGUAACGCUCAUGAAUUUACGUCAACUGAUACAAAAGAUCAUAUUCGUCAAGAACUUGAGUGUGUUAUUUGCACUCUGAUUGAUGUAUCUAGAUCUGUCAAAAAUAACAACAUCCGUAUACAAAUACCUAAGGUUAUACAUGAUUAUUUUGAUGUUUUUGGAUCACUAAGCAUUAGUCAAAAGGCAUUUUCUAAGAUUAUCCAAAGGAUUAAUGACGUAGACCUUAGAGUACAAUCUGGGUAUUCCAAGUUGAUUUAUAGAAUAAAUCCUUUUUUUGCAACUUUUUUGCAUGACGAUUUAGAGGAUCAGUUAGUGAUGAAAUUCAAAGCAAAUGUGUGCAUGGCACCGAAUUUAGGCAGUUUCAGGUCACCUCAUUUCCAAAUCGUAAUGAACCAUUUGGGAAUGAAAGAGUUAUUAACCGGACAAGAUGAAACUGAUAACGUUGCAUAUGAUCCAUGCGAAAAAGGGCAAUGGCGCCUGCGAUUGUUCCUUUCGUGCCAAUCUAAUGAUUUAUUCAAUAUACAAGAUGUUACAGAGGACAACAAUCUCAAACAUGUUCAUUCAGAAGAUGAGGUUGUUUAUGCUGUUGUGAAUUCCAACGACUUGCUUACAUUUUGGACACUUUGGGAGGUCGCUCGUUAUUGCGUACUCUCAAGGUUACGGACGCCGUUCGGAGGACCAAAGCAGACAUUUGACGCUUUUGAAAAGAGAUUAAAUGAUUUGUUAGCAGAUGACCUUUCAAUUUCUAUAAAAAAUGAAUUUGAUGAUGAUAAUUUACAUUAUAGUAUGAUCAAUCGUUAUCAAUUACGAGACUUAAUCAAUUUGUUUGAUCGCUUGGAACUUCAAAUAUAUAACGCUACUGUUGGGACUUCACUUGGAAAUUUACCACAAGCACCACGUGCCAGUAUUGUUUUCUUCAGAACAAAUCGUAAAGUCUGUGAUGAUUGGUUUUCCCGUAUUAGAACAGGAAUUAUUAAAGGGGCUAAAAUCAUUGGAGACGAUGCUCUGGCCGUAAUGCACAGUUUUCGGGCACUUGCACAACGAGUAGCUUCUCUAAAACAAGGACUGGUUACCAGUGAAAAUAUUUGGUUGACAGACUUUCAACAAAUUCUGAGCGAUGUCGAUAAAGAUUAUCCCAUAAUAAAAGUUAUUUUGGUUCGUAAUACAAACACAUUUAUCAUAAUUAUUCCACCUGUUGCAACACUAGUUGAAUGUCUACAAAGAUUACAUGCUGAAGAUAGUAUUAUUGGGCUUUUAGCAUGGUCUCGACGUAUCUGUUCAAGUAACGAAAAUAAAGUGGGUUUACCAGAUCACACUAAUGAAUUUACUGCGGGUGAAAACAUUGAACCGGUCAACUCUACACAAAUGUCUCAGCGUAAUCUAACGCAUAAACCUAUUUCGAAUCAGACAAAUUUUGAUUGGAUGAAUGGCUCUCAUUUGUUCGCGGAAUCUAGAUAUGAACUUGCUGCAAGUGAAGCGAUUGAUUCUUUUGACUGCCUUCUUGAUGUUGAUUCUGAAAUACAAACAAUUUUUCCACAAGCUCGAUUUUUGAGCUCUCAAAUAAUUGAUAGCUAUUGUAUGAUGCAAGAUUUGCCUUCAUUAGCACAAUGGGUUCAUGAACAUGAUGAAGCAGAAAUAAUUGUAGACCCUUUGUUAAAGAUAAAUCAAGAUUAUUUAACGGCACUUGCAAAAUACCACGACGGUGACUACUUGGACGCAUGGAAGCUUAUCGAUAAUGUUCCACUGCAAAUAUCACAAAAAUAUCUCAAUUAUCGUGGUGCCAACUUUAUCCCAAUAUUAUGUCUUUUCCGUGAGAAGCUCUUUAAUUUAGCAAAUGAAAGUCCUGCUUCUGGGACAUUGAAUCAGCAAACAACUCUUUGUGUUUUAGAGAACAUUGUUAAGCAAUCGUUUACGGACUCCUUGAUGAACACCAUCCCUCUAUUAUUAAGGUCAAUUACAAUGAAGUCAGAGGCUCAACAACUUCAUCAUUUCUUAUCUGAAUUUGUGGAAUACAUAAAUCGCAAUCAAAAUUUUUCGUUUAGCGAUACAUUUUUUAUUGAUUUAUCUGUGUGGAGCCCAUUAAAUACAGCUGUUGACCAAUUACUUUCGAAUCCAGAAUCUGACGCAUUAAAAGAAGUUAAUAUCUUCAAACUUAUAAUGGCCAAAAUUGCUAGAAAAAGUUCUGCUUUAAAUUAUGCAGCUCAUAUCUUUCAUCAUUGGAAGGAAGACACUCCUGUGGAAGUUGUAUUUGAACAUUCUAAAAUGUUAUUUGCCCAAGGAUUACAUCAAGAAGCCAUUAUCCGUGUAUGUUCACUUUUGCGCGAUGAGCAACAUCCAUCCUUCUCAUUCUCUAAGAUUCUAAUUUUCCGACAAAACGUGCUUUUAAAGUUGGCAAAAUGGUUACAACGUACAGAGUCUCAAGUAGACAGUGAGACUUUGUCUGAUUUAAAUCUUAUUCUUGGAAAGGAUAUUAACAGCCAAGAUCUGGAUGAAAAAAAUUUAGAACCUAAUUUAAUAAAUGGUAAUCUAGUGGAAGCAUGCUUAUUUAAUGCGAUUAAUGGAGAAAGCUCUACUGCGAAGGCUUGGUUUGCCUAUGCUUCAUAUCACUAUCAGCAUGGCCGACAAAUAGUUGAUGAAUUAGGCAGUUACAAGUUAUCUAUUAACUUAUUGAGCACUAUUAGCAGGAAAUUUCAGCAAGUUUUAAUUAAUGACUGGAAAAUUUCAAAUGGCGAUAAUCUUACGGAUUGUGAUGUGAUAAUAAGAAACAUAUUUCGCAUGUUUUUACGUAAAGUCAGUUCUCUAUCAAGGUUGGACCAAGGCGGUGAUAAUGUGUUAGAUUUCAAUGCAAUCCUUCCUUGGAUUUCACAAAAUUCAAUCGAUGAGAUUACAAGUUCAUUAAAUAAAAUACAGAAGGUGCUCUUAAUUGCUUAUAAAUCUGCUGUUGAUGGUUAUUUCCGAUUCUUACAGUCUGCGCAUGGAAGGAAUAAUGAUCAAAAUACUCAAGAGUAUCUUCGCGUAGAACGUAUUGAGGAGUCUGAUAUAACAACCGCAACACUAAGGAUUUUAAGAUUACUAGUGAAACAUGGACCACUUUUUGAAGAAUCGUUUGUCGAAGGAUUUAAUAAUACUAAUAUUCGUUCUUGGGAAAAUAUAACGCCACAAUUGUUUUCGCGACUGGAUCAUCCAGAACCUUUUGUUCAACAGCAGCUUUGUAAACUUUUAUGUUCAAUUGCUUCCGUUUCGCCACAGCUCGUUGUAUAUCACACUGUUGUUGCCUCAAAUUCCAGUGGCGCUAGCGACCUAAAUAAGCAACUGCUCAAAAGAAUUGUUGACAGUCUUGAUAAUUCUAAUGGAACAUUGAUCAUAGAAAUUCGGCAUGUGAUUGAAGAAUUACAACGCAUUACGGUUUUGUGGGAAGAACUUUGGCUCAAUAAAAUAAGUGGUUUACAACUUGAUGUCAACAGACGAUUUCACAAAUUCGAACGUGAAUUCGAGAGAAUAAAUGAUAAUCUUAACCUUUCUUCUGAACAACGUAACAAAAUUAUGAAAGAAAGUUACGAUGCUAUUAUGAAGCCAAUUAUCUUAUCUAUCGAUCGAUUAUACAAUAGUACUAUUGCUGCUGCUUCAACACACCAUGAGAAAUGGUUUUGUCGGACAUUUGGUAAUCGUAUUCACGAAGCUUUGGAAACUCUACGUACUCCAUUUUCAUGGGAAUCAUAUAAAACGGGUUGGGAUCUUUUGCGCAAUGUUCACAAAGAUUUAACAAAGGAAUUAAUGUCAAAUCGUUCAUUAAAGUUAGUUGAUGUUAGUCCAUUUUUGGCAACAAUAAAAUCUUCUGCAAUUGCCAUGCCAGGCUUACCAUAUCAUAUGGAUACAGUGACAAUUCAAUCAUUUGAUGAAAAUUUUAUUAUUCUACCCACAAAAACUAAGCCCAAAAAAUUGGUUCUUCUUGGGUCUGACGGACGACAAUAUGGUUACCUUUUCAAAGGCCAUGAAGACCUACAUCUCGACGAACGAAUUAUGCAAUUAUUACAAAUUACUAACGAUUUGCUCAAGCGGGAUAAGCAAACGAGCGCUCGGAGUUUACGUGCACGUAAUUAUGCUGUCAUUCCUUUGGGAAACCAUUCGGGAAUGAUUCAGUGGGUAGAGAACGCUACUCAAAUAUUUGUACUUUACAAAAAGUGGCAACAUCGUGAACAUUUUGCUAAGGUAUUACAAAACAAUACUGAUGAAUCAGUUGGAAACCCGCAGCGGCCUAGCGACAUGUAUUUUGAAAAGAUUGGAAAGGCUCUAAAAAAAGAAGGUUGGACUGCUUCCACUUCGAGGCGCAAUUGGCCUCACUCUGUUCUCAAAUCAGUGUUUCUUGAAUUAGUAUCAGAAACUCCUUCAGAUCUACUUGAAAAGGAGGUCUGGGCAUCUUGCUCAAGUCCAAAAGAAUGGUGGAUGAAGAGCACUUCUUUGUCGCGUUCGCUUGCAGUCAUGUCCGUUAUCGGCUACAUUAUUGGUCUUGGAGACCGUCAUUUAGAUAAUAUCUUGAUAGACUUUGAAUGUGGAGAAGUUAUUCAUAUUGAUUAUAACGUAUGCUUUGAAAAAGGAAAGAAACUUCGAGUCCCUGAGACAAUCCCUUUUCGCCUUACACAAAACAUUGAAACUGUACUUGGCGUUACUGGAGUUGAAGGUGUCUUUAGAAUCGCGUGCGAAAAUGUCCUUAGGGUGUUGCGGGAAAAUAAAGAAAUACUAAUUACAUUACUCGAAGCAUUUGUAUACGAUCCGUUAGUUGAUUGGCAUCAAGAUGUAUCCGAAGACCGCGAAAAGCAAAUUAUGGAAAUUGAAGAAAAUAUAGGACUGUUAAUUUCGAGAAUUGCCGAGCUUAGGAUUCCCAUUGAGAAUAACCAAGGACAUCUUUCGAAUUUAUUAUCCGAAUUUCUCUCAGUUUUCAAGCAUAUAUGCGAACAUUACAUGAAUUUAUAUAAUCAGCAAGUGGAUUUAUCUGAGCAACCGAGUCAAAGUAAUAAUAUUGAGGUUGGGGAAUCAGCGUUCAUUCACAGCCAAAUUGAAUUAGAAAGUCUAAAAUCUGCACUCUCACAAAGAGCUAAUGAAUGUGCGCUGUGGCAUGCGCAACAUGAGAAAACUAUACAGUCUAUUCAAGGACCUACUCUUCAAAUUAUUUAUAAUGAAAUUUUUUCUUCAAGUUCGCAAAUAGGCGCAUCUAUUUUUACCCCAUUUUUGCAAAUUCUUGCCACAAAUGAGUUCAUGCUCCAAAGGUGCAGCAAAAUUGAGCAAGACUUUGUGAGUUGGAUGAAUGAGCGUAACACAGCUUUUAAAAAUUGCCUUGAACGUUUGCAAUUUUACAGGACUUUAGUAGUUCCUUUAGUUCCUGUUUUGAUGAUGCAGGAUUAUUAUUCAAAAUGGCCUCAAUUAUUGAUCUCUUUACUAGAAUCGUCAUUUUCAAGUCAAGACUUCCAGGCCCUAUAUCAAAACUCUAGUUUGCCGAUUGUUUCCGGUAACGCGUUGAAUCAUAUUCGCGAUGAUCUUAAAAUAUCUUAUGCAAAUGCUGUACAAGAAAGCAUAUCUCUUUCCGAAGCAUUAGUUUUGGCUACAGACAAAACUGCCCUAAGUGAAUCAACACUACACACUAUGUUGAACAAUAUGCUCGAUGAAGAAAAUUCUACAAACUUGAAUUCACGCCUUUUGUGCUUAGCGAGUGUUCUGUCUUCACUACGUGAGCUUUACCAGUUCUCUAGGGAAUCAAAUGACAUAUCUGAUGUAUUCAGCCAUGUCGGGUUUAGCGUUGAUUUUCAGACUGUUGUUAAAGAAACUUUAUCAAAUGAAACUCUUGAUAAAUCGUCAUUUUUAACUUAUUUAAUCAUUUUGUUAUCCAUUUAUCAUCACAUUCAAAUUAUAAAAAUGAAAAUUACUGAUGAUGAAAUACUUGGUCGGACAUUGGCUAUUUCCACUGAACUUUUACAAUCAGUUCGAAUAAUUCUUAGCUUACAACAUAAUUUCGUGAAUAUUAUAUUACCUAAAAUAUUUCUUUUAAUACAUGGUUCAUCGAAAGCUUUUGAACCUUUUGCCGAAGUAUUACGUAAUCUAUCUACAGAUACGUUCAAUUAUUGGGGAAUGAAGCAUCCAGAGUCUCAUUAUGCAGUGAAUUCCAUGAAUGAAACAUUUAAACAACUCGGUGAACUUGCGUAUAGAGAAGGAAUUUCGCAAGCUGUUCAUUUGUUGAUUAUCGAGUUCGAUGAGCUAUUUAAUGGUUUGAGGGAUACGUUGCUCAAAAUUCAAAUUCUUCUUAAAGAGCUAAAGGAACACAGUUUACCUAAAGAUGGUCAAGAAAAUCUAAUUGAAGAUUGCCUUAUUGAUAAUUAUACUGUUCAUAAGCUUAAUGUUAUAGUUUGUGUUUUGCUGGCAUGUGAAGAUUAUUAUAAAGAAAAUUUCCAACCUCAUCUAAGUACUGUCUGGGUGUCAUCAAUGGCUAUGGCUGACGCUUUUAAGAAUGGUUCUGACUCACUCACUAGGCUUUGGCAAGUCUCGCGUUGGUGGAUCUCGGAACUUUUCAUUCCAUGUGUAAAAACUCUAUACACGAUCGCAAUUGACCAUAUAGGUUCUUUAUUCAGAACAGACAAUGAAGACAUCGGCCUAACACUUGAUAGUUCAUCACAUAUAAAUAAUCUUAUUUCACAAGGACUGAUAUCUAAUGAUGAUAUCAACGCUCAAAAACUUAAAGUCAAACAGUAUUCUUUCCACGGCUGCAAAGUGAAUUUUAUCACAAUGAUAAAUCUGCGAAAAACUCAAAUAGAAAUAGUGCUUCAACAUCGUCAAAUGGAACUAAUGCGCUUUGAAUGGAUUAACGAAGCACUAAUAGGUGACAACAGUUUAAUCCGCCAACAGUUCCUGCAAAACUUGACCCAAGACGUGAAUCGAUUUGUUUUGAUGGAAAACCUUUUGCAAGAAUUGGUCUCUCAAUACAGGGUUAUUAACGCAGAAAUUGUAGAUUUCAUUGCUACUCAGAUUGUUAAUGAAAAUACAGGGGAAUUAUUACGUUCAUUCGGUGAUGCAGUAGCAAAUCAGCAAAUGAUUUUUGCUCAAGAAUUUGAAAGGAUGAAACAUGUCGUUAGCUUAUGUAAUUCAAUAUUGCAUUUGGAAUCCUUCCGUACAGUAACAGACAAAACUGUAGCAAUGGAUGCAGAUACUCUUCAACUAGUUAAAAGGCUAGAGUCAGCGGUACAAGGAAGCUCCAAGUUGAGCACUAUUGGCACACAAUUGGAUAUCACGCAGCAACUCUCGACAUUAAAGAUUGAUGAAUCCCUUGAUAUGGAUUUACUCAGAAACCUUGAAAACAUUGCUAAAGACCUUCGGACAGUAGUGGAAGAAGUUCGUAAUUUAAUGAGCGAAUUAUUUCCUCUUAUUGAACCUAUAGCAAAUUUUGAAAUGGAUGCAACAGAUGACAGUGGCAAAGAUGCACGUUUAAAAGCGAAGGAAUUUGUGCGCGAGUGGUCAAAGUUUGACUCUGAUUUUGAUGCAGUUAUUAAUGGUGCUCUUGCAGUUGUUGAUAGGCGGUUCCAUCAAAAAAAUAAUUUUUCAGAAUUGGAAUACACAGUAAUGGUUGAAAACCUUCACCGUGACAAUGAACGAGCUAUAUCAUAUCUAACCGAGACUAUUAUCAGAGUUUUUGAAAACCUAUUUGCUUUAGGCGAAGUAUCUGGAACUAUUAUUCAAAACGAAUCAUCUCAGAAAAUAUCCCCUGAAAACAUUGAUAGUAAGAAUUCUACUGGUGAUUUUGCUCAAGUAGACACCGGAACGGAGGAUAUACAGAUAUUUAAUCCUUUAGAAGCAGAUAAUAAAAGGAACGAUUCAGAAAUUGAGGAAUUUGGACAAAAUGAAUCAUAUCAUAACCCUGUUUCAUCACCCUUUAAUGAUAAAAUGAAUGAUCCCUCAAAAAAUACUAUCGCUGGACAGGUUUUAUUACCAAGUAACGAAGAGACCGUGGAAAGCUGGGAUGUCCCUAUGCAACAAGCUCAAGCACGGAAUGCUUUUGCAGUUGGAAUAAUCCGACGGAUCAAGGCGAAGUUGGAGGGAAAAGAUUUUGAAUCUACGACCAAAAUGACUGUUCAGGAACAGAUUGAUAAAAUUAUUCAGCAAUCACUCGACACGGACAAUUUAUUCAUUUUACUUGUGCAAACUCAUAAUGUAGGAUAUUCUCCACGUGUUUGGAUUAUUGGGCCUGAUUUCCAAUGGCCUAUUUGA